UUCAUCUCCAAGCUCGAUCUCACCUUUCUUGGCUAGCACUCAACAAAGCAAAACGAGCUAAGAAAGGACAUAGAGAUGGCGAGCAAGAACCUUCUGGCCCUUGUGGUGCUUCUUAGCGUCCUUGGAGUUUCUGUUGCCAUUCCAAAGUUGAGCCUUGACCUCGACUACUACCGGUAUAAGUGUCCCGACGCAGAGCGCAUUGUUCGUCGUGUCACAGAACAAUAUGUUUCUCGCAAGCCAAGCCUUGCCGCUGCACUUCUAAGGAUGUAUUUUCAUGAUUGUUUCGUCAGAGGAUGUGAUGGUUCCGUUCUUCUGAAAUCUCCAAACAAGGAUGCGGAAAGAGACGCUAUCCCCAACCUGUCUCUGAGAGGCUAUGAAGUGGUGGAUGCCGCCAAGACAGCGCUCGAGAAGAAGUGUCCCAACCUCGUUUCUUGCGCUGAUGUUCUUGCCUUGGUCGCCAGAGAUGCCGUCGUUGUGAUCAAGGGACCAUGGUGGCCGGUUCCAUUGGGCCGCAGGGAUGGACGCAUCUCGAAAUUGAACGAUGCAUUGCAACAUUUACCAUCUCCUUUCGCCGACAUAAAAACGUUGAAGAAGAACUUUGCCGUUAAGGGUCUUAACACUAAAGACCUUGUCGUUCUCUCAGGGGGUCACACCAUUGGAAUCUCCAAUUGCGCUCUCGUCAACGCACGUAUCUACAACUUCACAGGAAAGGGCGAUUUUGAUCCAGCCAUGAACCCUAGCUACGUUAGGGAAUUGAAGAAAAAGUGCAAGCCCACUGAUUUCAGAUCCACAUUGGACAUGGACCCAGGCAGUGCCAAGAAAUUCGACACUCACUACUUCAAUGUCGUGGCUCAGAAGAAAGGUCUCUUCACAUCUGACUCGACCCUUCUCGAUGACGUUGAGACCAAGCUCUACGUUCAGACUCAGGUCGCUACCGGUGGGAUCUCUUUCAACAAAGACUUCUCCGAUUCCAUGGUCAAACUUGGUUUCGUCCAAAUUCUUACCGGCAAAAAUGGUGAGAUCAGGAAGAAAUGCGCUUUCGUUAACUAAUUUGUCUCGAUGAGACGGUUUUCGGCUGAUUUGAGUCUUAAAGUUUUCUGCUUAUUUAUCUUCUUUAUUUCUUUCACGGAAGUUGAGCUUUGGUGUUGUGUUCUGUUUUCUUCAAUGAAUAAUUGUAUUCUAU